AUGGGCAUCUGCAGCUCCUCAUGCUGUGGAGCUAAAUCCCGCGAUGGCCUCUACGAGCCCGUCCUCGCUGACAGCGAGCGGGAGGCAGUCGCCGACCUCCUGCAGUAUCUCGAAAAUCGCGGCGAAACCGACUUCUUCUCCGGCGAGCCACUACGAGCCUUGAGCACCUUGGUCUUCUCAGACAACAUAGACCUCCAACGAAGCGCAAGUCUGACAUUUGCAGAGAUAACCGAAAGAGACGUUAGAGAGGUCGACCGCGAUACCCUCGAACCAAUAUUAUUCCUGCUUCAAAGCUCUGAUAUUGAGGUCCAACGGGCAGCCAGCGCCGCUCUUGGAAACCUCGCCGUCAACACGGAGAACAAAGUUCUCAUCGUGCAAUUGGGCGGUCUCCCGCCUCUCAUCCGUCAGAUGCUGUCGCCCAACGUUGAAGUCCAAUGCAAUGCUGUGGGGUGCAUCACAAACCUUGCCACACAUGAAGAGAAUAAGGCGAAGAUCGCGCGAUCCGGUGCACUCGGCCCGCUCACGCGGCUGGCAAAGUCCAGGGACAUGCGCGUGCAAAGAAACGCCACAGGAGCUCUCCUGAACAUGACGCAUUCGGAUGAAAACCGCCAACAGCUGGUCAACGCUGGUGCCAUACCAGUGCUCGUGCAACUACUAUCGUCAUCUGAUGUCGAUGUCCAGUACUACUGCACGACAGCCUUAAGCAAUAUAGCGGUCGACGCGACCAACCGCAAAAAGCUGGCACAGUCAGAAGCGAAACUAGUCCAGUCCCUUGUCAACUUGAUGGAUUCGUCGUCUCCCAAAGUCCAGUGCCAAGCUGCUCUGGCCCUGCGAAACUUGGCUUCAGAUGAAAAGUAUCAACUCGAUAUUGUCAGGUCUCAUGGCCUGCAUCCUCUUCUCCGACUUCUCCAGUCGUCCUAUCUCCCGCUCAUACUGUCUGCCGUUGCUUGUAUAAGAAACAUUUCGAUACAUCCCAUGAACGAGUCACCAAUCAUCGAAGCUGGCUUCUUGAAACCGCUCGUGGACCUCCUCGGCUCUACCGACAACGAAGAGAUCCAGUGUCAUGCCAUUUCAACCCUGCGGAACCUUGCUGCCAGCUCGGACCGAAACAAGGCACUUGUGCUGGAGGCCGGAGCGGUGCAGAAGUGCAAGCAGCUUGUACUCGAUGUCCCCGUCACAGUGCAGUCAGAGAUGACCGCCGCCAUAGCAGUCCUGGCCUUGAGUGAUGAGCUCAAGACCCAUCUCUUGGAUCUCGGGGUCUUCGAUGUGUUGAUACCACUAACGCAGUCGUCAAGCAUUGAGGUCCAAGGCAACAGUGCAGCAGCGCUGGGGAAUCUUUCCUCCAAAGUCGGAGAAUAUGCCAUCUUUAUACAGGCUUGGACUGAACCGCAUGGCGGCAUCCACGGAUAUCUUAGCAGGUUUCUUGCGAGCGGCGAUGCUACUUUCCAGCAUAUUGCGAUCUGGACACUGCUGCAACUUCUCGAGUCCGAAGACAAGAAACUGAUUGGAUUGAUUGGCAAGUCAGACGACGUUGUCGACAUGAUCAAGCAAAUCGCAAACAAGCAGAUCGAGACCGAGGAGAACGAACCCGAGGAGGACGAUGAGGGCGAGGUUGUCAACCUCGCUCAGCGGUGCCUAGAGCUCUUGGGUCAGAGCGGCUCCAAGGCCCACAUCGAGGGUUGA